ACACUCUUUAUUGGCUAUGCUGAACGUGUAGAUAGUGGUGUUGGACGAAAAACCUGAGGCACAAGCGCGAACGGCACGAAAAGAACUGCACGAAAUGGCCCUGUUCGAUAGAAACAUUGUAAGAGGGGUUGCAUUGGUCAUUGCGUUGAAAGGCCUAUUUAUCAGCUGUAUGGCUCUGACUGAUUCGUCUAUUGCUUGCAAUAGUGAUCCUGAAGCAUGUCGGUACGAUUGUCCAGCUGAUGUAAUACAGAACCAUAAUUGCACAACAGAAAAAGAUGUUCAUGAUCCUAUAGAAGGGAAAUGCUGCCCUGCCUUCUUCAAGACAGAGAACAAUAGAUGCCAAAAAUGCAGCGAUCGUAUGUUCAUGCCUGAUGUGAGCAACUGCUGUGAGUGCAUACUGUGCGCAGAAUGUGAUGAUAUAAAGAAUAACACAAUAGUGACCCGUUGCAGCCAUACCAGCAAUACGGUCUGUACAAUACAGGAUGAUCCGCCAUCCCAUGCUCCUACUGAGUGCCCAUGGAUAGAGUCUACUUCUACCCCUACUACACAGGUUCUGACUACACAUGGUCCAACUACAGCUACUGAAGAAGUCACAGUUGACACCCGAAGUGAUCCACAGGGGAGUAAAUCUGAGAGGAUAUAUGAAGGUGGUUUCUAUACUUUUAUGGUCUUAUUCAUUCUCUUGGGUGGCUUUGUUGUACUGAUCUGCUGUUGCCUCUGCUAUGCAUACCCCUCAGAUCAACCUGACGGAAGAGAUAAAACCUGGAAAGAAGUUGCAAGUAUCGUAGCAGUUAGAAUACAGAAGACUUUAUGUGGCAGAUGUCAACGUGGAGGGCGAACAAGGGACAGUAAUGGGUCGGGAGAGCAGGAUCCUAUGAAUUAAGUUGGUGCUCAGUAGACAACAAGACAUCAGGCUACUUAUGAAUUCAAAAUGUCACAUCCCAGUGGUGGGGAGUUUAGAUUAAACUUGGUGGCUCAAAAGAGGUAACGUGAAUACCGAUAAGAAAGAGGUUGAAUACUGAAAUAGCAUGAAUCCUGAAAUAUUGCUGUUCGCCUUCCUUGAGCUAUGAUUUGAAUCUGUCUUCUUGCUUUAAAAAUAAAAAUCUUCUUCAUAUUAUUUAUAUUUGAAAGAAGUCCAUGUGUAUGGUGAGGAAUUGUAACAGAUUGUUGAAAGAUCUAUAUUUUGUACAUGUACUAAUAGGCAUGUGCACAAAUUAUUUGGCCUUUUUAUAAGGGAAAUGUGCAAACUGAUCCGGAUCAAAGUUUUUUGCUUGUUUAAUGAUUUAUAGAUCAAUAAAUGGAAUAUAUUAAAAUUCUAUGUUAAAACUCAAUGAAAUAUUUUCAUAGUAUUUUUGCCAAUAUUUUCUGAAUUAUUGCCUAUCAAUCUAUAUCUUACUGUAAAUUGAUAUUUUAUAUUUAAUAUAAAGUAAAUGUAAUAAUAAAAGAAAUUGAAUAUUUGUAUUCAAUGUAUAUUUUAGAGAGCAGAAAUUUUUGAUAGGUCAUUAGUCACGAAUCAACUUUUUGAGAGAAAACUGUUCUUUGUAUGGUGUACUUACCAACAAACAAUUUUUAUACAAAGACAGAUGAAUUCUAUUUCUGAAACAUGUUUGCUGGAAAAAAAUGUAUCGUAUUCUAAAAAUGAAUUAUUCAUACAAAAUGUAAAUUUGAUGUGACGUGUUGCUGUUGUGUUUUUUAUAACUAAAAAUGAAAUGGGUAUUGCUUGUAGAUGUAAGCUUUAAUAUGUCACAUUCUCAAGAAACAUAAAUUGGGACAAAUCAAUUUUUGACAUACUUAAAAAAUUGCAAAACAUAGUAUUAACUAGGUAUGAAUAAUGUAUUUGUUACCUUUAAUGCAUUGUAAUUGAGUGUUCUUUCAAAUCCAUCCUAGAUGCUUAAUGAAUUGGUGAUAUGUACUUAUUCCCUACUUCGCUCAAUUUUUUUUUGGCCAAAAUGUGCUGUCUCCACCUUGUAUUGUAUAAGCUGCCCGUAAAUAUUGCCUAUUUAAUAUAUUGAGAAUUAAUCUUUUAUUGCUGUAUUUAAUCAACAAUACUUAUUGUACAAUUACUAUUGUCUGAAACCGGCACUUCAAACUGUACAAUGUACAUCUACAUGAUGCUGUGUAAUAUUUAUGAAAUACCAGUCAUACUUAACGAGUUUGGUUCUGUUAUUGUAAGUUUAUGUUUUGGACCAAAUAAUUUUGCUUUGUAGAAUUUUCAGAGAAUUAGGUAUCCAAAUUUGUUAUGUAGGGUCCAUGAUGGUAUGACAGAGGGGAUAUAAAACUCAAAAAUUUAUAUUAAAAUGACGCUUAACCGUCUACAAUGUAGACUACAUUACAUGUGUAUGUUAAAGGCUAAGACUGCCAUGUUCAUUAAUAGAUCUCUUGCUUUGAUGUAGUCAAAUAAUUAUUGAAUUGCAAAUUUAGUACUUAGCUUUAUCAGUAGACAGUUGAUAUGCAAAAUGUAAAUUUACUAUGCCUAUAUGGACAGUUGUCAAAGAGCGAAUUCAACAUCACUAUUUGAUAGCAGUUCAAAUAAGAUUGGACCAAAGUCAGCUAGUAUUAUCGGAUGUCAUGGUCUUGUCGUGUGUACAUGUAGGUAUGACAUAUUCAAGAUGAUGUGAGGAUUAAAGCUCAUGUACAGUUUUGGUAACAAAAAAGAAAUUGAAAAGAAACGUUUUGAACGUUGUAGUCUCAUGUCCCUCGAUCUUCUUAUAUCAAAUGAUUCAUGGUCAAGACCAAAUAGUAUUCUACUUAUUAUUUCCAGUGAAUUGCAGUGUAAAUAUCUGCAACAAAUGUAAUAUAACAGCUAUACAGCUCCUGUUACAUUUAUCCAAGUGCUUCGCUUAGAGACAGUAUGCAUGUAGACUUUAGGGUAUACGCACAUUCCUCAGUUUUACACCUUGGUAUUGCAGAUUACUGUUGUUAAAAUUUACAUCUUAGGAUUGUAAUUAAAUCAUUUCCUACCUCUCAUAAGUUUAGGAUUUCACUCGAGGAGAAAUAGAUUUACAACAUCUCAGUAUUACUAGUAUCUGCCUAUAUUUCAUCUAAAUUCAAAGACAUUUUACUAAAAGUUUUUUAAGAUUUACCAGAACUGUACAUGAAUUUUAAGAUUGUUAAUUUUAAUCCAUGGCAUGUCAUCAUUUCAUGCACACCGAUCAUUACAAAACAAAUGAUUGCAAUACGUUUGUACUUUUCUACAAGGUUUCAAAUGUUUCAAAGUUGACUCGAGAAUACCUUUGUGCCUAUUUCUAUUUUAUGUGCGACUAUACAUGUAUGAUCAUCAAACUUCUGCCAAAGAGUAUACACAUGUAUCUUUUGAGAGAUUGCUAUCGUGAAAUAAAAUUACACCAUUCAGGUUCUGGAGUAGUCACUUACUAAGUGCCUUGAUUAACUUGCUAGCUAGCUCACAAGUCUUUCACCAUCUUAUCAUUCCAGCCUCGCUUAUUUGUGUGUGACUCAUGGAAUAAUAUGCAGUUUGGGUCAAAUUUCAGCAAUAAUGUAGAUGAAAUGCUGAAAAAACUUGUUUGUCAACUCAUCCAUUGUGUGCAGUAAAGAGUCUGAUUUUAUUUUAUAAUAGAUAUUGUGAGUAUUUGCUGAAUGUGUCUGAAAAGGCAAUUUUCCAGUUUUUAUAUCUCAAAGAUAAAGAAUACACUGUUUAUAUACAUGUACAGUACUGAUGGAUAAAUGGUGUGUGAUGUAUAUCAAUAAGUUUUGAUGAAUAGUUUUUUUCUUACUCAGUUUUCAAUUAUCAUUAUUAUAUAUAUUAUUAAAGAUUGAGUUCAGAAAUGUCAUUUAAUAUGGAUUUGUUCAAUAAGAGGUUGAAUUUUGUCCUUUUUAUCCAGCAUCAAAUGCUGCAUUUUUGAAAAUCUAUAAUCAUGUGUGGAUGUAGUUGUAAUCAAAUACUAAAGAUUAUAAAUGUCUUUCUUGUGGUUUAUAUGGGGAUAAAGAUAAAUGGCGACAUUCAACAUAUUUAAGAUUUUUUUUUUUUUUUUUUUUUUUACUUCAUUAAUUGGACUUGUGUUAGUUGUGUCGCAAAAUGAAUCACCAUGCAGUGAAUUAAAUUCAAAAUAGUUUUAAAAUGUUAAUUUUUCUUAAAUCAUGCUGUACAAGAAUGUACGUGUAGUCACAUCAAAAUGAUACUUGUAAUUUAUAUAUUCCGCAUAUGGAGUAUGCAUGCGUGUACAGGUGACUCAAGAAUUAUUAAAGGGUAAACGAUAUGAAUAGUGUCGUUGUUUACAAUCUUUUCUGUCUUGUA